AUCUCAGUUGUCUGAACCAGGUCUACGGCAGAUGGACCGUUUCCACCUCGGUUCACGCUUUUCCUGUUCUUAACAGAAACCCGAAACGAAUCAGUAUCUGAAUCCUAACUGGUCGAGUCACCACGAAAAACAAACGAAAACCUGUCCAACAAACAGUUGUUUACGAUGCGUUCCACCCUGAGUUUCUGGAUCCUGUCCGCGGUCGUCUGUCUGGGCCGAAGUCACCACCAUCUGGGCCAUGGGCAGGACACUGCGGCGGACGAGGACUCUAACGCUCUGUCCUUGGUGUCAUCGGCCAAUAGGGAGUUUGCCUUCAACCUGUACAGGAAGUUGUCCACUCACCCUGAAUCCAAGGGCAAGAACGUCUUCUACUCGCCACGCAGCGUGAGCCUGGCCUUGGCGGCCCUGGCCGUGGGCGCCCGCGGCGACACCCACCGGCAGCUUUUCGACGGACUGGGCUUCAACAGUUCCCUGCUCCAGCAGACGGACGUCGACAGGGCUUUCCGCGCCGCGCUGCGAAACGAGACGUCCUCCUCGCAAGACACCAGUGAAGGCACUGCCGCGUUCUUGGAUCGGAAAUUCCAGCCUAACCCGGACUUCCUGCAGGUCCUGAAGGAGUCGUACUCGACGGAGGCGUUCAACGUCGAGUUCGCGAAGAAGCAGGAGAGCCUGGACACC